AUGAAUUUCAUUAGAAGGAAUCCAAAAAUUGGCGUUCAAGUGGAAGAAUUGACUCGGGUCAAUGUAAACGAAACCGAUGCCAAAACUAUUUUAGAUAAACUAUGUAAAGAAUAUGGCGAAUCCGUUAAAUCUGGAAGAAUGCCUCAUGUCGUUUUGGAUGCUACACUAACUGGAGUCUCAUCGGAAACUGUUAAAUCAUUUACGUCAGCAUUAGCAAUACCAACCGUCAGCAUGUCUUACGGUCAAGAAUACGACAUAAGAGCCUGGAGAAAUUUAGAUAAGGAAGAUGAAAAAUAUUUAAUACAUAUAAUGCCACCGGGUGAUUUAAUACCGGAAGUUGUUAGAAGUCUCGUACUAGCACAAAAUAUUAGUAACGCCGCCAUUUUGUUUGAUGAUUCUUUCGUUAUGGAUCACAAGUAUAAAUCAUUAUUACAAAACGUACCCACACGUCACGUUAUCAGCCCCGUUGAAAAUUCUAAAACUAUAAAAAAACAAUUGACGAAAAUGAUUGAUUUGGACGUUGUUAAUUUUUUCAUACUCGGUAGAAUGAGCACAAUUAAAAUGGUUUUAGAUCAUGCAAACAUAAAUAAAUAUUUUGGUAAAAAAUAUUCGUGGCACGCCAUAACGAAAGAUAAAGAAUCGAUUAAAUGCAGUUGCACGAAUGCGACCGUUUUAUUUUUACGUCCCGAACCUGAUCCUGACAGCAGAGACCGACUUGGAAAAUUACAAAGCACAUACAGUCUUACUUUUGAACCGGAAAUAAGUAGCGCUUUUUACUUCGAAGUUAUUUUUAGAACUUUAAUGAGCGUUAAAAAAAUGCUCGACGAUGGUGAAUGGCCGAGAAAAAUGGAAUUUGUUUUAUGCGAAGAUUUUAAUGAAAAUAAAGUUCCAAAAAGAACGAAUUUAGAUUUACGUAAAGCAUUACAAGAUUAUAACGAUCCGCCAUUUUACGCUCCACUUAUAAUCGAUAAAAACGGUUAUAGUUUUAUGGAAUUUAAUGUUAAAAUAGAAAAAGCAACGAUAAUAAAUAGUCAAACGGUAAGCGCCGAAGACAUGGGAGAAUGGAAAGCGAGUUUAAAUGGACAAAUUAAAAUAAAAGAUCCAACGAGUUUGUCUAAUUUUUCAUCUGUGACCGUUUAUAAAGUCGUUACCGUAAUCCAACAUCCUUUCAUUUAUUACGAUCCAGAUUCAAAAGAUAAAGAUAAUCCAUAUUCCGGUUAUUGCAUCGACCUUUUGGAAGAAAUAAGAAAAUUAAUUAAAUUUGAUUACGUCAUUUACGAAGCACCUGAUAAGAAAUUUGGUACGAUGGAUGAUAAGGGACAGUGGAACGGAAUGAUUAAGGAAUUAAUUGAAAAGAGAGCAGAUAUUGGGUUGGGAUCAUUAUCAAUAAUGGCGGAACGUGAAAACGUCAUCGAUUUUACCGUUCCGUAUUAUGAUUUAGUAGGAAUAACGAUAUUGAUGAAAAAAACAAAAACUCCGACGUCACUUUUUAAAUUUUUAACCGUUUUAGAAAAUGAUGUUUGGUUUUGCAUAUUAGCCGCAUAUUUUUUCACGAGUUUUCUCAUGUGGAUAUUCGAUAAAUGGAGUCCGUACAGUUAUCAAAAUAAUAGAGAAAAAUAUAAAGAUGACGAAGAAAAAAGAGAAUUCAAUUUAAAAGAAUGUUUGUGGUUUUGUAUGACGUCACUAACCCCUCAGGGCGGAGGAGAAGCGCCGAAAAAUUUAUCCGGACGUUUGGUAGCAGCUACUUGGUGGUUAUUCGGUUUUAUUAUAAUAGCAUCAUAUACGGCUAAUUUAGCAGCUUUUUUAACAGUUUCACGGUUGGAUACUCCCGUCGAAUCAUUAGACGAUUUAUCCAAGCAAUAUAAGAUACAAUAUGCACCCAUAAACGGUUCUUCUGCAAUGACGUAUUUUGAAAGAAUGGCUGAUAUCGAAACAAGAUUUUACGAGAUUUGGAAAGAUAUGAGUUUGAAUGAUAGUCUUAGUGAAGUUGAAAGAGCAAAAUUAGCCGUUUGGGAUUAUCCGGUUAGUGAUAAAUAUACGAAAAUGUGGCAGGCGAUGAAAGAAGCUGGAUUACCACAAACCUUUGAUGAAGCUUUAGAAAGGGUUAAAAAUUCUACGUCAUCAAGCGAAGGUUUUGCAUUUUUAGGUGACGCCACGGAUAUAAGAUAUCAAUUUUUAACGACUUGCGAUUUUCAAAUUGUCGGCGAAGAAUUUUCUAGAAAACCAUACGGAAUCGCCGUACAACAGGGAUCACCGUUAAAAGAUCAAUUUAAUAAUGCGAUUCUUCAACUUCUCAACAAGAGAAGAUUGGAAAAAUUAAAAGAAAAAUGGUGGACGAAUAAUCCGAAAAAAAUGAUUUGUGAAAAACACGACGAACAAAGCGAUGGGAUAAGCAUUGAAAAUAUAGGGGGUGUUUUCAUUGUUAUAUUUGUCGGUAUCGGAAUGGCUUGCGUGACUUUGGCAUUCGAAUAUUGGUGGUAUAAAUAUAAGAAAAAUCCAAGAAUCGAAGCAACAAACGAAAAAGAAAAUCAAAGAAAAAUAAAUACUUGGAACACACAAGAUAGAUUCGGUCCUGAUUUUAAAGAUUAUUAUACGAGAAACGCGUUUCAAACAAGGCCGGGAAGAUUUAAAGAUUUAAAUUCAUUGGCUAAAAUCGAAACUUAA